CAUUUUCAAAGACGAGAGUGAGGCAGUGAAGAGCUCAUUAUCUAUAUGGUUUUUGGCAGUUCUCGAGUCACCAACUCACCGUUCGAGAUGAACUACACCAGCUGCUGACAUCAUCAUCAUCGAGAUUUCGCACUCCAACACGAAGGUUUCAAUCAUCGAUUCAACGGAAGGGAGCAAGAAUGGCUACUCUGUCAUCGCCUCCUCCCAAUCCCGCCGACGAUAAACCCCAAAAUCAAGAUAUUUUACAACCAAAAUAUGAUGUUCAGCAAAACUCAAGUACAGAGGACGCCCAACAGAAUUCCACAGCAUCUAUGUUUGUGAACUCAGAACCAAUGCGGGAAGAGCAAGUGCAGAAUGCUGUAAAAUUUCUUUCUCAUCCAAAGGUUAGGGGUUCUCCUGUUAUAUAUAGGCGAUCGUUUCUUGAGAAGAAGGGCCUUACAAAGGAGGAGAUAGAUGAAGCUUUUCGACGUGUUCCUGAUCCACCUCCUAGUGCUCAAGCAACUAGUACAAACCAAGAUGGACAGGUCAAGCCAAUUUCAAACGUUCAACCACAAGCCCCAAUACAAACUCUGCAGCCUGCAGCAGCUGCACCUACUCGUAUAAUUUCCUCAGUGGGGACCUUAGCACAGUCUCGGUUUCACUGGUAUCAUGCUAUUCUUGCCGUUGGCGUCUUGGCGAUUUCAGGAGCUGGAACAGCCGUCUUAAUUAAGAAUGCUCUGGUCCCCAGGUUGAAAUCUUGGAUACGUAAGGUUGUCUUGGAGGAAGAUGAUGAUCCUGUGAAAAAAUUAAAUGCAAAACCAAGUUUGGCAGAAGAAACAGCUGUGGCGGCAAAAGCUGCUGCAGCUGCAGCAGCUGAUGUGGCAAAGGCAAGCCAGGAAAUGUUAAGUUCCAAAAAUGAAGAGAAGAGAUACUUUGAGGAAUUUAUGAAUCUUUUAGAUGUGCAAGUAAAGGAAAUGAAGUCUAUGAGUGUUGCCGUACGGAAAUUGGAAGAACAAGCAAAUAAUCCUGGAAAUGCAUCUAUCUUUGAUCAAGAAGAUCAUAGAGCUGUCUCAACCAUGAGUUCAAAGCAAUCAUAUGCGAAUGGCAAGGCAGAUUUUAACUCACGCUCAGUCGGAUCUUCCUUCCCACCUGCAUCUACAGAACCCUCUGUCGCACCUCACCCAAAAUCAUACAUGGAGAUCAUGGCAAUGAUCCAGAGAGGGGAGAAGCCACCUAAUAUUAGAGACAUAAAUGAUCAACCUCCAAAUCCUAACCAGCAAAUCCCUAAUCCACGCAUAGCACCUAGAACUAAGCCUUGGGAUGUUGGUCAGGCCCAAAAUAGCUCCAACCAAGUACUUCAAUCUCAAGUGAGUGCAGAAGGCUUGAAUUCGAAUUUACAAUACAAUGGGCUGAGCUAUCAGUUGGAUGGUGAGAGCUCAGUGCCCUGGAGGCAGCAAAAGAGUGCCAGAAUCACUGAGAUUGAAAACGAAGAUGAACUCAAGGCUGGACCUUAUGGUGCACGAACUAACGAGCAACGAGUCCAGCGUUCAUGGGUUCCUCCCCAGCCACCCCCCAUUGUCAUGCCUGAAGCAGCUGAAGCAAUCCGACGGCCAAAAUCAGCUGUCCAGAACGAACAAUCAGCAGAUGAUCAGUCUGCAUCCCGUCCUGACGAUGCAGCUGAUGAGUUGCAAAGAGUGACAAAAAUAUCUGAAUCCGGAGGUGUUCUGAAGAUCAAUGGGGAGGGGUCUGGAUUGAAUUCAACUGAGAUACAAGUAGAAUAGAAGGUGAAACCUUCAUGAAGUGGGAUUGAAUUUUCCUGAUCUGCUCGAGGUAAGUUGUCUGAUAGACAUUUGUAGCAAUGACAUUCACUAUCCAUCUCGUGGAUCGACAUAAAACAAAUAAAUUGAGUAUUUAUCUACUCUGGAAACUUCUAUCUAUGGUAGUACCAUGGGUAUGUUGUUUCAUUUCAAGAGCGAGUAAUGUUUGAAAUAGACACUGAAAGCUUAUUGUUGCGACUUUUGCUUUCUAAACCUGUAGGCCAUUCUAUGCAAGCCUUCUAUGUUGAAGUAUCAUGUCAAAUUAUUUCCUUAA